AUGCCUGGCAUUGUGGUUUUCCAACGCCGCUGGUCCGUGGGGUCGGACGAUCUGGUAGUUCCUGGACUGUUCCUGUUAGUCAUCCAUUUUAUAUGGUUCGUCGUGCUAUCGGUGGUAACGCUUACAUUCCACUUCGACCGAGCUGAACAUUGCAUACAGCAGCUAUGGUACUUCGAGAUAGGUUAUAUCAUUCUGCUGGCAGCGUGCGUGUGCCUGGAGCUGGCGAUCUGCAUCGUUUCGAUGCGGGGCAGCAUCCUGGAUACGGAUCCGCGCUCUUCGAUGCAGUACCUGCUGUACGCACGCCUGCUGCUGAUGCUGGCCGACAUCGCCUGGCUGACCGUCGGCAUCAUCUGGCUGCGGGACAACUACGUGACGUGCCCGGUCGAGGAGCCGAAGGAGGUGGUGCUGGCCGCGAUCGCCUGCAACCUGUUUGUGAUACUCAGCAUGAUCACCACCGUCUGGUGCACGUUCGAUCCGGCCGGCCGGUCGUGGGUGAAGAUGAAGAAGUACCAGCGUUCGAUGCGCGAGUCCGAGUCGCGCUUCAAUUACAAGCGCAGCGGCAGCCGAAGCCGCAACUGGCGCCAGCGGAAGGUCAUCCGGGCGUACCAGGAUAGCUGGGAUCACCGGUGUCGGCUGCUGUUCUGCUGCAUGGGCAACAGCGACCGCAGCCGGAACUCGUUCACCGACAUCGCUCGGUUGCUGAGUGACUUUUUUCGCGACCUGGACGUCGUGCCCUCGGACGUGGUCGCGGGGCUCGUGCUGUUGCGCAAGUUUCAAAAGUUGGAACGCGAGGUGAUUGUCCGCCAGCAAAAGAAUGGCACACAUAAGUUCCUUUCCGGGGUGCCUAUCACUGCGAGCACACAGUUUCUGGCGCUGAACGAUUCCAGAGACUACGACCACUUCCAGGCGGUAAUACGGUAUAUGUAUUUCGCGCAAGGUGCCUACGGCUGGCCGAUGUAUCUGAUGAGCCACUCCAGCACCGGCGUGUGCCAUUUGGCCUCGGAACUACGGUACUGCUUCUGUCGCCGAAACACGGUCGAUGUGGUCGACGAUAAUUGCUGCUUUUGCAACUACGCUGCGCUCAAGAAGAUGCUCGAGCUGGGUGAGGUGGAGGUGAUCUACGCUACAUAUCACGUCGAUAUCGCCGAAACGCCGUUUUUCGUAGCGAUCGAUUAUAACUACAACAAAAUCGUCAUCAGCAUCCGGGGCACGCUCAGCAUGAAGGACGUGCUGACCGAUCUGAAUGCGGAGGGCGAACCGCUGCCCCUCAACCCGCCCCGGGAGGACUGGCUCGGGCACAAGGGCAUGGUGCAGGCGGCCAUCUACAUCAAGAAGAAGCUGGAGGAGGAGAAUCUCAUCCAGCGCGCGCUCGUACACAAUCCAACGCGGGGCACGCAAAACUUUGGCCUCAUCCUCGUCGGGCACUCGCUGGGGGCCGGCACGGCCGCCAUUCUGGCCAUCCUCAUGAAGCAGGAGUACGAGGUGCUGCACUGCUACAGCUACUCGCCGCCGGGAGGCUUGUUGAGUAUGCCCGCGGUGGAGUACAGUAAGUCGUUCAUCACCUCCGUCGUGGUGGGGAAGGAUGUUGUGCCACGAAUCGGCCUGUACCAGAUGGAGGCACUGCGCGCGGACCUGAUCAACGCCAUCCAGCGGAGCAUCGAUCCGAAGUGGAAAACAAUCGCCUGCUCGGUGAUAUGCUGCUGCUGCGGACCGGAGCCGACGUCCGUCACGAUGAUGUCGACGAAGGAUUCGAACGUGCAGCGCUACAAGCAGGAUCGGAACAGUGCCCGCCAGAGCACCGUACACCCGAACGACAACUCGAUCGCCCUAACGCUGCACCAUCCGCUCUAUCCGCCGGGCCGCAUCAUUCACAUUGUGCGACACCAUCCAGCUCAGGAAGAGCAAAUGCUGAAAAAACGAGAGCCCGUCUACCAGGCGAUUUGGGCUGAUAAUAAGGAUUUCGACGAAGUGCUCAUCUCGCCCGUCAUGAUUCAAGAUCACAUGCCAGACACGGUGUUGGCAGCGUUGGAAAAGGUGGUGGCCUCGAUCGGACCGCAGAAACCACACCGUCAAUUUACCAAAGUAAAUCCAGUCGGCUCUCCGGAUGCGAAAACCAGUCUGAUUGCGCCGGGAGAACAGUCAACCGUAAGCGAACCACUUCAAUCCAAUCCCGCCACACCAGUCCUACCACAUAAGAUCUGUCUGGAAACUUCUUUUACCAAUAUGCAAUUGAUACAGCUACACCGUGAAGGGUUGGUGCAGCAGCAGCAGCCGCCGCCGCAACACGACGACGGCUCGAAAGUGUCCUCCCUGGCGGACUGCAGUGCGCUCGGGCGGCGCAGCGCCCAGUCCAGCCUGGUGGACGACAGUGGCAUUCCCAAGAGCAUCUCAGGACCGAGCGAAGUAACAACUGUGAUUUUAGCGGAAGUGAGCGCCGCACCGCCGCCGCCGGCACCGGCGGCCCCAAGCAGCACCGUCAAGACGUUGAAUUUUAUCGCCACUGUUAACCCCACUCGCAACGAUCUGUACCUCAUGUUUCAGCCGGCCGCGGCCGGGACCGCGCAGGGCCCGCUGUACAGUAGGUCGGACAACCUGUCGCUCGGUGUCACCCGGCGCAACUCGUACGAAGUCCAGAAGGUGGACCUAAUCCACGAUGAUUGGUUCGGCAUGGCACCGCUCGCUAGUCCGGAAAGUUUGUCCGAGCUGUCGAGCAUCAGCUCGCGGGCCAGCAUGUCCACCGGCGGCGGCCUCCUGGGGGAGCACCCCCGACCGGACCACCAAAAAGACACGCGGCCGGUUCGGGGCGCCGAAAAGGGUGGCAGUGCGGCCGACGCGGGUGCGGCCGAAUCGCAGCUGCACACGCCCAAGGUGCUGCGCCGCACGCCCAAGGUGACCGGGAACCUGUCGACGUGCGCCGAGGAUGCGCGCACCGUCUACCAGUACAAGCGGAUGGGCAAAAUCUUCGUCCUUAAUCAACCAUCGUCCGACUCCAGCACUACCCUCGACAGCUACGACACCGAGCAGGCGGUGGCGGAAGAGAACAGUAUACUAGCUACAAUCAACGAGAAGGAUCUUCCGCAGGGCACGUUGGCGCCACGGUCCGCGGACACCGGCGACGACAAGGCCAAAUCAUGCACCUCCAGCUGUCCAUCAUGUCCAUGCCGUACCGUGUCCGAUGGUAAAUGCUGCGAAAAGUUCAACCACCGAGAGUGCUAUAACUAUAAGUACACUUCGUUUAAUGUUUUCAAAUUUCACAAAGCAAGCGAAAAUGUCAAGAGUGAGCCCGCGGGCACUGGUGUUAGUAGUGGAGUGGGUAGAGGCAACGGCUGCCCCGCAGGCGGGAGUCGCAUGACCACCACCACCACCACCACCUCCAUCACGUCGGGCCACGUCGUAACCGAGGACAAUAAUAGUAUUUACCAGGCCCAGAUUGUCCCUCCCGUGCCGAACUCAACGUCCAAGGAUGGCCUACUGGAGUCGCACUUUCCCGUGUUUUACGGCAAAAGCUUCGAAGACGAGCCGAGCGCCGUGAGCCAAACGGCCGAUCACCUAGCGAGCAAUAACGUUAAACCGUUGAUCGCCAUCAAGCUGCGAGGCCACAGCAACAAUGUACAACAAGAGGCGCGCAGCGACAACUUCCCGCUGCUGCUCAACCUAGCGGAACACUCACCGUCGCCGAACGGGGGGUUCGGGCGGCGGAAAAACACCGUCCACCCGACGGACGGGAAGAUUAUCGUGGUGGACGGGUUCAACCCGACGGGCGUCGAGACGAGCGGUGAAUCGCAAAACUCGUCCAUUUGCUCCUACUCCUCCUCGACACCGAAGCAUACGCAGCGUGUAAGCAAAUCGGAAAGUAAUGUUUAA